UUUUCAAAGCUUUAUUCAUUGGUCAAAGGUGAAGUGUAUCAAAUAAAAAUUCAACCAAUGUCUCAUUACGCUGAUAAGACGUCGACUUGUGAUUGGCUGGAUACGAUUUCCAAAGAUAACUAUGAUGUUAUACCUCAACUACUUUGACAGUAAUUGACAGUAUAGUUUUCCUUGUUGUUUUGAUUGUUGACUGAUUUAUGAAAUUCAGAUUCUGAUUGAAGUGCGGAAAGUUUUAGAAGAUUACCGGCUGUGCUCAUUGUUAUUACCAUAAUUAUUGAACCAUGGAUUCUGAUUCGUUCUUUUUCGAGUUACCAAAAGUUGAAUUGCAUGCACAUCUAAAUGGUUCUCUAAGUCCAGCUACGAUGCUCCAGCUGAAGAGGUUUCACGCUGAUUCUGGUCUUGAAGACAAAACGAAUGCUUUCUUUGAUGAAUUUCAAAUCGGUGCCGGCGACACCAGAAAUCUGACGGAUUGUUUCCAAGUAUUCAACAUUGCCCAUUCGCUGACAAGCACUCCUGAUGCUCUGACUAUAGCAACGAGGCUGACACUUCAGGAAUUUCAAGAUGAUGGCUGCUGUUACCUUGAGCUCAGGAGUACUCCUCGUGACACCCCACACAUGACUAAAGUCCAGUAUAUUGAAACUUUGGUCAAGGCUAUACAAAAGUCUUCUCUCCAUCUAUCAAUUAUUACCCGCCUCAUCAUCUCAAUCAAUAGAAAAUCACCAAUCGCAGAAGCUGAAGAAAUAGCUGCACUAGCUGUAGAGUACUACAAGAAGCACCCAGAUGUGAUAGUUGGUAUAGAGUUAAGUGGGGACCCUAUGGCAGGAACAUUCCAGAGUUUUGUACCAGCAUUGACACAAGCUCGGAAUGCUGGUCUGAAGGUAUCACUACAUUGUGGAGAAGUUUGCAACCCUGCUGAAGUGAUGGAAAUGCUUAAAUUUAAGCCAGACCGCCUUGGCCAUGGUACUUGUAUUCAUCCCAAAUAUGGAGGGACUGAGGAAACAUGGGCAACCCUUUGUCAAUUAAAAAUACCUGUUGAGGUCUGUCUUACUAGCAAUGUGAAUACUAAAUCGACACCGGACUAUGAGUCUCAUCACUUCAAGCUUUUUUAUGAUGCUGAUAUACCUACUAUUAUUUGUACCGACGAUAAAGGCGUAUUCUCAACAUCACUGGCUCAAGAAUAUAAAAUCUGUGCUAAGACCUUUUCUUUAACUUCAUCACAAACCGCAAGAUUGGCGCUAAAUGCAUGCCAAUACAUUUUUGAUGAUAGUGUUCGUAAAACGCUCAAUGAUAAAGUACUUAAUUUUAUUGGAAAGUAUUCAUUGUAAUUAUGAUUCUUGGAAUAGAAUUAAACAGGGUUUUACUAAAUA